AUGUACACAGAUAUCCCAUCAUUUACAAAAUGUUGCUUCUGUGCGCCCUUGAGAUACGGGCUUUUAGUCUGGGCUUACUUUAAAUUGGUCACAAGUAUAACAAUAUUCAUAACAGCCCUUAUAUGGAUUCUUAGCUGCAUUAUAUUCGUAGUUAUGAUUGGAGACGUCAUGGUUUUUAUAGUGUUAGUUGUGGUGAUACUUACUAUUCUUUUAUUUGAUAUUAUCUUCAACUUGGUGCUCAUAAUCGGCGCUCAUAAGAAACAUACUACGUUGUUACGACUCUACUACCGCUAUGGGAUCGCACAUGGGUUCGUUAUUACAGCCUCUGCUCUCUUAUUCAUUGUUUAUGCGAUUGCUUCAGCGAAUGAUCCCCUUAAAGAAUCAAAAUUAUGGCAUAAAAUUAUAAUACUUGCAUCGGCUGUUUGUGCUUCAAUGAUUGUUCACACAUACCUUCUGAUAUUAGUACGGAGUGAGGUGCUGAAGCUGAAAGCAAAUUCUCAGUUCAUGUUUACGAACCACACCGAUGACCCAACGUGUGUCAUGCAAGUCUCAGAUGACGUACAGAUAGUAAAUAAAGAUGUAGACGAAGAGAAGUAA